AUGCGCGACUUCACAGAUAACCUUCGUCCCAGCCAGCCAGCAGGGCCCGAUAUCCUGUCCCAGGAACGAGCGCAAUCGGACCUCUCUGUUGAAGAAUUAGCACACCAUCUCUUGCACCACAAUGGAUUUCUCGAACGGCAGAGUCGUAUCCUUCCAAUCGUCCAAAAUGAGCCUCUCCUGGACAAAUCGCAACAGCAGAACUUGUCUCGACCUGACCUGUACAAACAAGCCCUCGCGCGGGCCAAGUUGCUCCGUCGGUUAGCAGAUAAACAUAAAUGGGAUCAUGCGGAUUACAAAAUGGCCGAAUACCUCGUGGACGAUGUGUCUCCAUACAUGUUGCAUAUGGAGAUGUUCAGCACGACUAUUCGUGAACAGGCCAGCGACGCCCAGCGGGCAUAUUGGAUGCCUCGGAUCGAGAAAUGGCAGAUAAUCGGAGCGUACGCGCAGACCGAACUCGGACAUGGCAGUAAUGUCCGGGGAUUGGAGCUAGAGGCACGGUGGGACCAUCAGACAAAGCAGUUUAUCCUGCACAGUCCUACAUUGACUGCGAGUAAAUGGUGGAAUGGCACACUUGGCCGCACUGCCAACCAUGCUAUUGUUGUUGCGCAACUUCUUCUGCCUCGGCCGGGCGCUUUCUCUGCCGAGAAGAAUGUCGAGUAUACUUCCCACGGACCGCAUCCAUUCAUCGUGCAGGUCCGCGACAUGAAGAGCCACCAGCCCUUGGAUGGAAUCGUGAUCGGUGAUAUUGGGCCGAAGUAUGGGUAUGCAACGAUGGACAAUGGGUACAUGCUAUUUGACCAUUUCCGCGUCCCGCAUUCUGCCCUUCUUUCACGGUAUUCAGGCGUGGAUCCCGAGACGGGGCAUUACAUCAAGCCCGAGAAAGCAGCGGUGGUGUAUGGGUCAUUGACAGCAGUGCGCGCAAAUAUUGUCCAGCAUGCACGACUCGUUCUCGCGCGCGCAGUGACUGUAGCGGUCCGAUACACCGCGAUUCGUCGUCAGUUCCGGGACCGCGAUGGAGAUGGUAGUGGCCCUGAGCUAGCUGUGCUCGAUUAUCCGACCGUCCAAAUUCGCAUCCUGCCUUUGUUAGCCACUACGUUUGCUUUGCAUUAUACUGCAUUGGCGAUGCAGCGCAUCUACGAGGGAACGCGGCGGGAGAUCGAAGCAGGCAACUUCAACAGUCUGGCACACAUGCAUAGCAUGUCGUCUGGCCUGAAGAGUUUAUGCACCACGCUGGUUGCUGAUGGAAUUGAAACAUGUCGCCGAGCUCUAGGGGGGCAUGGGUUCGGAGGUGGAAGUGGCCUGAUCCAGCUCAACAAUGAUUAUCUAUCGAAACCAACGGUAGAGGGAGACAACUGGAUGAUCAGUCAACAGACUGCGUCUUAUAUCAUCAAGAAAAUGACAACAGCUGUUGGGUCUCCCAAUAGCCGAUACAACGAUGAACUUGAUGGACAGUUUAAGGAGUAUAUCAGACACAAACAGGAGGGGAAACAGGAAUAUGAAUUGGGCAUCUUGUCCAAUGAUCAAGAUAUUGUCCGAAGCUUUCAAUUGAGAGCUACUGCCUUGGCUUAUGAUGCCUACCAGGAAAGAGCUGUGAACAAGAAAUCUUGGAAUUCUCUGUUGAUCCAACUGCACCGUCUCAGUCGCACCCAGUCGCAAUCGAUCUUGGUCACGAAAUUCUUCCAGGCCCUCACUACCGACAGCAGUCUUCCUCCAUCCACGAAGGAGAUCAUGUGGGAUCUCUUCCGUCUCUUUGCGCUGUUCACCAUGGAGGCCGACAGUUAUGAGUUCUUCAGCACAGGUGUAGUCAAUCGCGAGCAACUUGACAAGUUGCCCGCGAGUGUUCACGAUUUAAUGACCCAGAUCCGUCCUCAUGCCGUCAAGCUGGUGGACUCCUGGAUGAUUCCGGACUAUCUUCUGGACAGUGCGCUUGGUCGAUACGACGGGCGGGUGUACGAAGAUCUCUUCAACAGAGCUCAUCGCUUGAAUCCCCUGAACAAGUUGACUUUCAAUCCGAACUAUUGGGAGAACGAAGUCAUUAUGGGGACUCCAGACCCGCGUCUAGUUUCAGCCAAGCUUUGA